UAAAUAGAGCUUUUUGGAUCACCAGACAAGCCGUAGCGAGGUGAAGUGUUAAGUGUUUGUCAAGAAUGUUGUCAGAAUUGAAAUAGCAGCUUCUGCGGUUGUUUUGGUGUAGCGGUUGUCGAAGGGCUUGACCAGUGACAUUAAGUGACCUGCCCGAAAAGAGGGUGUUCGGCUACUGUCCCUUCUUCUGAAAUCGGUUGACAGUCUCCUGGCUACGGUGACAUUUCAUAUCCAUUGGCAAGUCUGUCCUGAGCACCAAAGCAUCAUGGGAAACACAAGUGACCGUGUAUCCGGCGACCGCCAUGGGACAAAAUCCCACCGCGCUGAUGGCGGGAGUAGCCACAAGGAACAGGAGCCGAGCAAGAUCAUGGUGGACAGCACCGACGAUCCCAAUAUCUUUAACACCCACACUACAGAGUCAAAGCCCUCAGGGGAAAAGGAGUUCACACCCUUUGCCCAGGACCUGGAAGAUUCCGUGAGGCCGGCGCCCCAGGCCAGGCCCACCGUGAUCCGCUGGGCUGGUGGGGGGAAGGAGGUCUAUAUCGCUGGGUCUUUUAACAACUGGAGCACCAAGAUCCCACUUAAUAAAAGUCACAAUGACUUUGUAGCAAUCCUGGACUUACCCGAAGGGGAGCACCAGUACAAGUUCUUUGUGGACGGACAGUGGCUGCACGACCCAUCAGAGCCAGUAGUUACCAGCCAGCUGGGAACCAUCAACAACCUGAUCCAUGUGAAGAAGUCCGACUUUGAAGUGUUUGAUGCCCUGCAAGUGGAUUCGCUUGAGUGUUCAGAUACGUCAGAUCUCUCCAGCUCUCCACCAGGCCCCUACGGGCAGGAGGUGUACGUGUUCCGACCUGAAGAGCGCUUCAAGGCCCCACCCAUCCUCCCCCCACACCUUCUCCAGGUCAUCUUGAACAAGGACACAAACAUCUCAUGUGAUCCUGCUCUGCUGCCAGAACCCAACCACGUGAUGCUGAAUCACCUCUAUGCCCUCUCAAUAAAGGACGGCGUGAUGGUUCUCAGUGCUACUCACCGAUACAAGAAGAAAUACGUCACCUCUUUACUGUACAAGCCCAUCUAAUUUUCUGCACUCCAUCAGGUCGGCAUGUUUGUAUCGUUCGUUACCACAUCGGCUGGGAUUGCACUAAAAAAAAAAAACUGUUUACAGAAAUGUUAUAGGCCCCCGUUAUGAGCUCAUCAUGGUCGUCCCCGUUUCAUUGUGAUGGACCAGGAACCACUAACACGAAGUGCGCAGAAUUUGGCAGAUUUUUACCAGGUCUGUGUAUCUUAGGAAGGACAUUAAUGACCAUUUGAAAUCACCGGGGGAAAAAGAGCAAGUUUCCCAACAACAAUUGUAUUAUGCCGAAACUCAACUGUGCAUCUUCCGUCGAACCAAAUACAGUCGCUUUGACUACAGAUUUUUACUUUCCCGCAUCAGGCAGACAAAUAAGAGGUUUUCAGGUCAGUUGACAGCAUUUGAAUACUGCUUUUUAACUGGGAAAUGCAAGACUCAUGAGGAUUUUACAGCAUCAGACAUGCAUUUUAGUUAUUUACUGCAUUCAGAAAUUUUGAUACAUAGAAAAAAGCAGCGUGUUCGUAACUAGAGCGUCCUUUAAAAAAAAAUAAACGUCCAGGAAUUCAGCUCUAUAAACAUUUUACAGCCUCAUACGGCUUUUGUCAUAUGAUGCGAUACCACACACAGCACCAGUGCUGACCCUAUACGUCCUAGAUACGUCUGUCUCAUUAUUUCAUAUCAUUUUACCCCCAGCAUGCACGUGCCACUGGUUUAUUUAUUUUAUAUAUUUUUUUCAUUGGGACUUAAGCAUUUUCUCUUGUCAAAUGAGCAUGACCUCCAGGUCACGUGCACGGGAUGAAACCACGCAAUUUCGCUGUUGCCUUUUUUUUCACGAUACUGCAAGCACUUUACCUGUGCAUUUAAUCCAUGCUGUGAGUGGAACAGAAGAAUAUAAAGGAAGAGUAUAUAAGCUUAAACUAUGCAGAAUAUGAAUCCUGUACUGUAGUUUUUUUUGUUAUACAAUCUCCAGUAUCCUUUUGUGGUGAUGGCAAUGCUGUGAUAUAUAUAUUUAUCAAAUAGCAAUGUAUUUAUCUGUUACAUGCUGUGUGUCUACACAAAACUGGGAGCGAUAUCUUGCAUGAGGAUUACAUUCAUGCCUGAAAAGUAGGGUUAUGCAUGUCUGUCUUUAAAUGCUGGCGUCAUACAGCGUCGCAAUUGACGUGUUCAUGUGUGCCCAUUCAAAAUGCCUUCAUUUCGCAUUUAUGUUGCUGCUUGUUUUACCUGUGAUUCCCAUGCAGUUAGACAACAUGUUGUCUAAUGAUCUAUAUUGUCAUGCUUGUAGGAAUCAAGGAAGUUUUACAUUUUAUAUGGUCUGUCACAAAUCCAAAGACGUCCCAUUCAUUGGAACAUAUUUAACUUUGGGGAUUUUUCUGUACUUGACUGAAUAGGGAUAUAAAUUAUGUAAAAGAAAUUACACUUUGUGCAAAAACACAGAACGUCUGUAUGCUUGUAUACUGUAGCUUUCUGAAGCAAAAAACUUGAAUUUUUAAAUGCAUUUAAUUUAAAAUAUUUUUUAAUGGCAAGUAGCAUUUUUGGUUUAUGUUGAUGAUGGUUACAUGUUUAAUAUGAAUGGUAAGCCUGGUUCCACUUGAAAAUAAACUGAAAAUGAAUGGUU